GAAAAUAGAAUGAAAUGAAAUUGAAGUUUUGGUGGAGGCGAAAAACCAGAGGGGAGAGAGAGACUAGAGAGAGAAAGUGCGAGCACAACAAUGGGGAAGAGUGAGAUAAUAGUAAAAGCAGAGGAAUUGGUGGAAUUUGCCAUGAAAGGCAACGAUGCAUCACACGACGCCGCCCACGCUUUCAGAGUUCGAGACCUCGCCCUCUCUCUUUCCGCCGAAGAAGGCCUUUCCAAUUCCCCCGAUUCCAUUCUUACUGUGGAGUUAGCUGCACUUCUACAUGACAUAGGGGACUACAAAUAUAUGAGAGAUCCUUCGGAAGGGAAAAUCGUUGAGGAAUUUCUUAUCAAAGAAGGAGUCGAUGAAGGUAUCAAGACAAGGAUAUUAAACAUCAUUAAGGGAAUGGGUUUCAAAGAGGAGAUCGGUGGAGUUACGGAGACUAAUAAUUGUCCAGAAUUUGGAGUGGUACAAGAUGCUGACCGUCUCGAUGCAAUUGGUGCUAUAGGAAUUGCUCGUUGCUUUACGUUUGGCGGAAGCAGGAACAGGGUGCUCCACGAUCCGAAAAUAAAACCUCGAUCAGAUUUGUCAAAAGAGAAGUACAUGAAUAAAGACGAACAGACAACCUUAAACCAUUUUCAUGAGAAGCUUCUCAAGUUGAAAGAGUUGAUGAAAACCAAGGCUGGUCAGAAAAGGGCAGAAAGAAGGCACAAAUUCAUGGAAGAGUUCCUUGAAGAAUUUUAUCAAGAAUGGGAUGGAAGAGCUUGAAAAUGCAGGGGUACUUUUGUAAAAUCAAAGAGUGGAGAACAAAAAAGGUGGUCUUAUUGCGGUUUUGUAGAACCUACACCUUGUGAAAUACACCAUGUAGUUUUACAUCGUUGAUCUACACAUAAUAACAUACACACUCAUGUGUAUGUGGGUUUAGUAGGUGCUUAUUUAUGUAGAUCGACCGUUUAAAACCACAUAGUGUAUUUCACCGAGUGUAGGAUCUUAUAAAUUAUUAGCAUGAUUAUUAAUUAAAAAAAAUAUAGUUACAA